AUGCCUGUUCUAUUUGGGGUCUUUGAACGUUAUCCGACCGUUGAGGCCAUGGCAUCUGCGGAUCCCACGGAAUUUGUGUCCAUGAUUCACUGCCUCGGCUUCCAGAAUCAGCGAGCGCGCAAGUGUAUUUCUAUUGCUCAGAUCUGGCAGCGUGACCCUCCUGUGAAGAACAAGCGAUAUCGCAAGCUUCAUUACCCCAAGAAAUACGAUGGUCGAGAUGUGGCUCUGGAGCAAUGUCUCGAUGAUGAAGAUCAUCGCGUCGCUUGGGAAAUUGCACAUCUACCUGGAGUCGGCGCAUAUUCCUUGGACAGCUGGCGCAUUUUUUGCCGAGACGAACUUCGCGGCCUAGCCCAGGACUGGAAAGGCACAGGUGCAACCGAGCCUGGCUUCGUACCCGAGUGGAAGUCUGUCUUGCCGCAGGAUAAGGAGUUGCGUGCUUACCUGACAUGGAUGUGGUUGAAGGAAGGCUGGGUCUGGGAUUGCCAUACGGGUGAUCUUUCAGCAGCUGGGGACAAGACGCUUAGGGCAGCCCAUCGAGAGGGAGUGGCGCAUGAAGAUGGGGGCAACUGGGUACUUCAGACAUCGCCGGUUAAGAAGUCUUUGAAUGGAUUACGUGCAGAGUAG